UGAUAUCGUUAAAACAUCAAAGGGUUGUUAUUGACAACAAAAUAAGAUGGCUGACUACGAUGAUGACGAUAACAUGUGGGAUGAAGCAGGUGGAGAGUCACCAGAUUUAGAAGAUGAAGAAGAAACUAUGGCUAUCCAUCAAGAAUGCAUUACAGCUUUUGAGUCUAAAGAUUUCAUCAUGGAACCCGGUGUUUUUCAGUUUUUGAAAAGGUUUCUACAGGCAGGUGGCUCCCCGGAAAAGGUUGUAGAGAUGUUAUCUGAGAAUUACACAGCUGUAGCUCAGACUGUUAAUCUUCUGGCUGAAUGGCUUAUACAGGCUGGUGUAGACAUCAAAGUUGUACAGGAAAUGGUAGAAAAUCAUCUCAAGGCUAUGAUCCUGAAACACUUUGAUCCCAAAAAGGCAGAUUCUAUUUUCACAGAUGAAGGAGAGACACCAUCAUGGCUUGCAGAGAUGAUAGAAUUCCCUACUUGGAGAGAACUUUUCUAUAAAUUGGCUGAGGACUAUCCAGAUUGUCUCAUGUUGAACUUCACAGUAAAGCUGAUCUCAGAUGCUGGCUACCAGGGGGAGAUAACCUCAGUGUCAACAGCUUGUCAUCAAAUUGAAGUUUUUUCUCGUGUGUUAAGAACAUCAAUCACCAGUUUAUUAGAAGGAGGUGAGGAGGCUGUCAAGAAAAACCUCCCAGAGUUUACAAAAAUGGUUUGUCACGGAGAACAUACCUACCUUUAUAGCCAGGUGUUGAUGCACAUCUUGGCUAAUGAACCUCGUGGGGGGUCCAACAUUCGUAGAUUGUGUCAGGAAUUACAGAAUGGAGCCAAGGACCGAGGCCUUGAUGUGACACCUAUCACCCUAGCCCUCAGCGGAGCAGCAGCCUACCCACGAGCAUGCUCAGCCCUUUCCUCUAUGUUGUCACGACAUGCCCUAAAUCCAGCAGAUAUCUCUAUUCUCUUCAAUAUGUACUCGGAGAUGAACCCACCUCCUGUUGACCUCAUUAGGGUUCCAGCUUUUCUAGAUCUUCUCAUUGAAGCAUUAUUUCGCCCAUCAUCACGCAUCAACCCUGAACACAAGGCCAAGUAUGUGUAUGUUUUGGCCUAUGCUGCCAGUGUGGUGGAGACCUACAAGAAGGGUCAGAGAAAGAACAUUGACCGAGGUGAGCUGAAGCCGACUACACAAGCAUUAGAAAAAGUACAGGCUUUGUGUGCAGAGAACAAAAGCUCUUCUGAACUUAUAGCUGAUGUUUCUACUCUCUUCUUAAACAUAAAAUUUCCUGUGAUAGCAUUUGGAGUACUCAAGUGGGUGGAUUACACUGUAACGGACACCAGUUACUUCAAGCUGAACACGGACCACACACCCCUUCAUCUUGUACUCAUUGACGAGAUUGUUACCAACCAUCACCUGCUGCACCUGAAAGCCCUGGAACUUCUAGUGAAACUGUUUGAGUCACAGUUUGAGGAGCUUGAUGUUUUAGUCAGGUUGGAACUAAAAAAGACAGUCCUAGAUAGGAUGGUUCAUCUAUUCAGUCGAGGAUUUGUUCUGCCUGUAGUCACCUAUGUCAAGAACUGUGUUGACAAACCGGACACUGACAUCUCUUUAGUACGACAUUUUGUCACAGAGAUCCUAGAUAUUAUUGCUCCUCCGUACACACCAGAGUUUGUCCAGUUAUUCCUCCCAUUAAUAGAGAACAAGGCCAUCACAGGCUCCAUCAGGACUGAAGACGGUAGUGAUCCUGUGUCAGAGUUCAUAGGCCAUUGUAAAAUGUCAUCAUACAUAUGAGGGGAAUCCUGACAUUUCAACAUCAAUGCAGACAACCAAAAAUGUCAAGAAUAAGUCCACCCAGAGGAAAUAAGUCCUCCAGCCAGAGGAAAUCGCAGCAAGAUGAACUCUGUUUAUUGGAAUAGAGAAAGAUCUCUACUGUGGACCAGAAAUCUGGACUGGAGCAAUACAUUCCUUCUACCAAAGCAGGUCUUUGGUAUGACCUGGUGUCAGCUGGAGGAGUGGUCCAAUCAACAGCAUGCCAAGUGGUAUAGUAUCCACAUGGUAUGAACACUGCAAUCUGAACACUUUCAAUCAGUAUUUUGGAUGAAGGUGGUCUGAAUUUCAUGGAUUGUGAAUACCUGUACUAGAAUGUGAUCAGGUGUGAAGAACCUUAUCCAAUCUGUUCAUCAGUAUAGGACAUGCUUCCAUACACCACUGCUGUGAAAUAGCAAUGUACACCAAUUAAGGUACUAGGUGAAGAUUUUUCUGUGACCAGAUAGCAGGAUUGAAAACUUCCUAGAAAUGCUCUCAAACAGGACAACAAAAAUAUCAACAUGACAAAAAAUGUUGCUUGAAGUUCAUGAAUGUCGUGUGUGUAAGGUACCAUUCAGGCUUGUUAUUAUCUCAAAGUUCAUUUAUUUUUCUCUUUCAUUGUCAGAUACUGUAGUGCCUGUUUCCAUGAUAUCAUUGUCUAUGUUUAAUUUCCCUAAAUUAUAUAGUAUUCAUCAGAAUUUGGAGUUCAGUAAAUACGUUUAGUUAGAAAAUAUAACAAGUAAUUCACAUUUUAUUGUAGAUGUGAAGUAUUUAGCAUUAGGUAGUUUUUUUCUUUCUAUUAUUCGUAAAACCAGGGCCUGGUAUUUGCCAUCAGGUUUAUUGAAGUAAAUGUAUUAAUCCUACCUAUCUAUGAACUCAUCAAUGAUGAUGAUGGACCAUUAAGGAUCACAAAAACAUGUCUACUGACAACUUGAUCCCAGUAUACUUAUAAUAAUACGCUGUGGGAAAACAAACGAGUACUAUGUCAUAGCAAAGCAUAUACUGCUUCCAGGGUAGAAAUAAAGGCACCAUGUUGGAAAAAUAACAAGAAGUUCAUUUCACAAUAUUUCUUCUUUUUAAUUCAUUAUGAAAUUAUGUAAUCAAAUAUUUUUGAUAUAUUCCCAGGGUUGGGAAAUAAACUAAACUCAUAAAUAUCUAUAAAAAGUUAUGGAUGAUUUUUAUCUCACAGAGUAAUGAAUGGUAAGAUUGUACAAAUCUUGCCUUAACUUAACACCCACAACAAGUAUUGCCAUAGAGAUAAUGAGUCAUACGACACAUAAACAGGUUUCUACGAAACUUCACCAGUAACUGUACAUAAUUAGUACAUUUCUAUUUACAAAUAAAACAAGUAAAACUACUUAUAUA